AUGGCGGACGAAGGCGGAAAUGGAGACGGUGCAACCGCCGCAAGAAGCUAUAGCCACCAAAACCACACAACCAAAGAAGCAGGAGAAUCAAGCGACGAUGUAGAUUCAAUCAGCUUUCUACCUGACGAGAUCCUCCAAAGUAUCCUCUCCUAUCUUCCGACACAAAUCGCCAUAAAAACAUCCAUCUUGUCCAAAAGAUGGAGGCAUGUAUGGUCCGAAACACCUUGCCUCUACUUGGAUUGGAUUACGCCACAUGGUCCAAAAGGUGAUAUAAUAAACAAAAUACUAGAUCGCUACAAGGCUCACAAGAUGAUGAAUUUCAAGCUCAGUGCCGACUUGACAGACGAUAUUCCUUACAUUGAUAGAUGGAUCGAGUUCGCCAUGUCCCGAAACGUUGAGAAUAUGUCCUUGGAGGUCCCUUGUCAUAAUUAUCGUAUUCCUGACUUCUUUUACAUCAGUAACUCUCUCAAGCAACUCAGUGUUAUAUGUGAUUUGAAACUUCCCAGUUUCUCCGUCUCUUGGACAUCUCUGAAGAUUCUGCACUUAAAGUUUAGCAAGCUCUCUGAAGAAUGCAUGGAUAAGAUUCUAUCUGGCUGUCCGAUUCUUGAAAGCCUAACGCUUUACUUGUGCGAGAAACUGUUGGUCCUUGAUCUCAGCAAAUGGUUGCGUCUGAGGACAUUAGUAAUCGAUCGUAACUUUUGGCUUCCGGGGCCUACGCAUAUUAUUGCACCGCAUAUCCAUUGUCUCAGAUUGAGCAAUUCCAUGUUACCAUGUAAUUUAGUUGAUGUCUCAUCUUUAAAGGAAGCUAGAAUUGAUAUUUGCUUUUGUACACCUGAAGAUCCGAAGGCUGAUUUGCUUCAAGACAUAAUGCUAGAGAUGCUAAAGAAGUUGCAGCAUGUAGAUAAGCUUACUUUCGGAGAAAACUUUCUUACGGUUUUAACUCUUGCCGAGCUCCGCGGUGUUACCAUUCCGAGCUUCAAGGUCAAAGAUUUGACACUUAACACAAUGAUCUCUCAAUAUGUAGUUCCUGGUAUAGUCAGGCUACUACAAAACUCACAUGAAUUGAAGAAGCUAACAACAACAAUACACGAAAAGAAGCUUGGCACCAUACCGGAUCACUAUAUUGACAACUACUUGGAUUUACAAAGCUUGAAUCCGGAUCAGCGUUGGAACUUGGAAGCGAGGAUCUUUGAGAACCUGAAACAUUGGAGUGUAAAGUCGAGGCAGGUGGCUUCGUUCAUGGAACUUAUGUUUGAAAAAACAAAGACAUUAGAGAAGAUUGUCGUUUUGUUUUAUAGUUGUCUUCAAGAUCAAACUUUUGAAGAGUUGCCUGAGAUGGUUUCAAUGCUCGCUGAUAAGAACAUUAAUGUCUCCAUAAAGCUCUACCGGGUUUAG